CGCAUGGGAUGCUUGUAAGUUGUAACCAACAAAAAAAAGUAUCGCAUCAUAUGCUCUAUUGGAAAAUGAGAACAAAGCAAACAGAGUGGACGCCGUCGCGUUUACUGAUAAAUUAAAACCGAAGUAUAAUCUAUCUCUGCAAUCGGACCGACUGACAGUAGCGACCAAUGGCGGAGGUCGAUGCUCAUACACAAGAAGAGUUCUUUGACGUCCUCACCAAAACCGGACAGAAGACCGGCAUUUCCAAGCCCAGAGGAGAUGUUCAUCGAGACGGAGAUUACCAUCGAGCUGUACAUGUGUGGAUUUUUGCUGAGAGUACACAGGAACUUCUUAUCCAACGACGAGCUGACUGCAAGGAUUCAUGGGCGGGGCUGUGGGAUAUCUCAAGUGCUGGACACAUAUCCGCUGGUGAUUCGUCACUCAUAACAGCUCGGAGGGAGCUUCAAGAAGAGCUAGGUGUAACACUUCCAAAGGACGCAUUUGAAAUGAUAUUUGUUUUUCUUCAAGAGUGUGUAACAAAUGAUGGAAAAUUCAUCAAUAAUGAAUUCAAUGAUGUAUAUUUGGUUACAACUGUAGAUCCAAUCCCUCUUGAGGCAUUUACUCUUCAGGAAACAGAAGUCUCUGCUGUUAAAUAUAUUUCUUACGAGGAGUAUAGAAGCUUACUUGCUAAAGAAGAUCUUGAGUACGUCCCCUAUGAUGUAAAUGGGGAAUACGGUCAGCUUUUUGACAUAAUUGCAAGGAGGUACAAGGAGAACACUAUAGCUCGAAGUUUAUCUCUACAAAAGCAACUCCAACGUUAUGCUCCUGUUUCCCUCAGUGCCGAGUUAACAGGGCUUACAGAUGCAGACAGAGAGGCUCUGCUGUUACUAAUUAAGGCUGCAGCAAUUAUGGAUGAAAUCUUUUGCCUGCAGGUUUGGUACAGUAAUCCAGUUCUUCAAGAUUGGUUAAAGGAGCAUGCUGAUACAUCACAGUUAGACAAAUUGAAAUGGAUGUAUUACGUAAUUAAUAAGAGUCCAUGGUAUGUCUUCUUCAACUUAGUUUUCUUUCAGGUGUAUACUAUGCACAUGCGAUUUUUACCUACAAAUGUACCGUGUGCCAUGUGUAUGUGCGCGCGUGUGUGUGUGUGUGUUUUGAAGAGGUUUCUUCACAGCAAGGCCGAUGCUUUUCUUUCAAAUGACUACUAUGACUCAGAUAUAGCCUGGAUGGAGUUGGACUCAAAGCUGGAUGUUACUAUUGGUCCAUAUGAAACAUAUGAAGAUGCUCUUUUUGGAUAUAAGGCUACAUUUGAAGCAUUUAUUGGAGUUCGGGAUGACAAAGCAACAGCUCAAUUAAAACUUUUUGGUGAUAAUUUGCAGGUUCUGGAGCAAAAUCUCCCACUGGACAAUGUGUACAAGUCUAAAGAUGUGAUUUCUGCUCCUAUUCGAGUCAUCGAUCUUCUUUAUAAUGCAGGAGAUGUAAAGGGUCCUCAAACUGUUGCUUUUAAUCUACCAAAUGACGAGCGUAUAGUAAAAGAUCGAGGAACAUCAAUGGUCAUGCUGAAGAAUAUCUCAGAGGCUAAGUUCAAGCACAUUCUUCAGCCUAUAGCCGAUGCUUGUAUUACAAAGGAACAACAAGAACUUGUAGAUUUUGAAUCUUUCUUUACCCACACAAUUUGCCAUGAGUGCUGCCAUGGGAUUGGACCUCAUAGCAUAACACUUCCAAAUGGUAGAAAGUCUACAGUGAGAUUGGAACUGCAAGAACUCCACUCCGCUCUGGAAGAAGCAAAAGCUGAUAUAGUUGGCCUUUGGGCGUUGAAAUUCCUAAUCCACAAGGUGCGUGGCCAUAUAUUUUCUUGACCGUGCUUUACAUCACUUU